UGCGUGGGCGGGGACGGGGGCGGUGGUGCGUGUUUCGCGUGGAAAGUUAUCGUCGUGUGAACGAGAAAAAGGGUAGUGGAGGAAGGUGUGAAGAGGAAGAGGAAGAAGAGGAAGAACCGGUGAAAAGAAGAAGAAGAAAAAGAAGAGGGGGAGACAAAAAUAAAAAAGUGGUGGUGGUCCGCGAGGGCCACGGCCAUGGGGGAAGCGGCAGCAUGUUUUCCGAGCUGUGCAGAGAGACUCUGCGGAAGGCAGCGGUGUGCUACAGUUCUGGUCGUACGGGAAGUCCCUCACCAUCGCCACCAACGUCUCCGCCAGCAUCACCCGCCAAGGAGGCAAAGAUUCCUGCCAACGUUGAUCUGGGAAAUGUCCGUGGUACCGGAUGCGAGUUCACCGGUUCUUCCGGAAAACGCCAGACUACUACUGCAACAACAACAACAACACAGCCAGUCGAACUCCGUGACUUUAGGGAAAAGCGGCCAGCCAUGCCGACGGACUUCACCAAACGGUUGCCUGGACUCGAGGCAAGGGACUCCGGUAGACGACAGCUCGAUGAGUGCAGGUUCGCUGGAGGAGGCGGAGGCGGAGGAGGAGGAGGAAGCGGUGGCGGAGCAGGAGGAGGAGGAUGGGGUGGCGGUGGGGGUGGAGGUUUUGGAGAAAUCGGCGAAUAUGGAAGACCCAGCUCGAGACUCGGCAGACAAUCGGGACUCUCGUCCCCAGAGUCUGAGUCCGAAUUCGACACCUCCGAGGACAACUCCUCGACGUCUGGCGACGAAGCUGGAGCCGCUUCUGAGGAAAUUAACCAAAGGACCAGUUCUGCACACAAUCGCCACUCUCUCACGAAGGAUGUGAAGCGCCGCCGAAGUCUCUACGACGAGGACUCCCUCGACGAUGAUCGUCUUGACGAGAACGAAGCACGAGACUCGACGGGAAGCGCUAAAGAUGUUGACAGGGCGAGGCUUGUCCGUGAAAGGCAGAACGAAGAACGACAACGGAAACUGGAAGAGCUGAGACAGCAAGCACUUGCUGCUCAACGUUUUCGAGAACAGCGAGAGGAAGAACGUCGAAAACGUAUCGAUGAGCUGAGGUCACGAGACAAUGAUAGACGGAACCAGGUAGAAGAAAGGAAACGUUUAAUAUGCGAGGCAGAACGAGAAAGGCGGGAGGCAAUCCUCCGAAAAAAUCAGGAAAGGGAGGCACGUAUCGAAGCAAAGAAGAAGAACGAAAGAUCCCACAUAGUUUUUGCGUUUGGCAGUUCGACACCGAGGAUGCUGGAACCAGCCGACACAGGUGGUUCAACUUUCUGGGGUACGCGAAGGGCCACUUCGACCACCAACGUCAUGAUGUUUUCAGCUGCUCAACCUUUGACCAGGAGAUCCUCCGAGAGGGAACUCGAUGGCAGCAAGAAACGAGCCACUUCUGCAGGUGGAUUGGACAGAAAACCCGGCGAAGAUAUGAGAAUGUCCUCGUCCAUGUACGAGGUGUUCAAUUGGAAUUCUAGCCCCGAUCCUCCCUUAACUCCUGGCAAACAUAAGAGAGCCAGCCUCUCUCUUCCUCCUACUACAGACAUCUUUGCCAUCGAUGAUAAGUCUGAUAGCGAUACUAGGCGUCCAAUGAUUCAGCGGGCUGUCAGUGGUGAGGAUAGUGACGGAACACCAGGAACACCAAGUUCGGUCUAUCUUCGAGUGAACAGGAGACGUACCGACCUGAUGCCGACGAUACCGUCCCCCCGUGAUGGACCACCAACGUCAGGACGUAGCUCAUCGGCCAAGGCCUUCGCACGUUCCCCAGGUAGGACUUACUCGAUGUCGAGACUGGACCAGUUAUCUCAGCCUAGGAAACGUCCGACAGAGCUUAGUACAUUGACGGAACAGCAAAGUCAGCCUCUCAGUGGUUCAAGCAUGAGUCGCAGCAUGUCGCAUUUGGCUGCUGCUGCUGCUGCUGCUGUAACUACUACUGCCUCAGGAACCAAGAGCCUUAAACGCUCGGAUAAUUCUCGUAGCAUGGGUACAUUGCCGGGUGCCGUACCAAUCCCAAGACCUACAAGGGCUGAAAGAUUGCGUCGGAAGGCUCGUGAGCUUCAAAAUCAACAGCAGCAAGGUAUCCGCAGCGGGGAAGUGACGCCGAACAGCCCAUCACGACCGCACAGCUCCAUGAGCCAGCAAAGUGCCAGCAGCGUGGGUAGCAGUAACGUCAAUCUACGUCCUCGUACUUCUGCUCCGCGUCGACCGCGACCUGCUUCUAUCGCCGGUACCGGCGUUUCGGUCACAGAGCGACACAAUCUCUCAGGUGACGCAAAAUUAACAAAGGAUUCAAAGCCACCACUGCCAAAGGUCCACAGUACUCCAAAGAAACCUUCUACGCCUAAAACAAGCGAAGUUAAGAAACCGACGGAUAAAUUAACAAAGAAUGCAAAGGCGUCGCCACGGAUAACUUCAAAAGCUACGCCUUUGCAAAGUCCAGGUAUCGAGCAUUCGCCCCUCAUUCGCGAGGCCACUGAAAUAAUUGAACAUGAGCAGCAUGAUGAUGUUAAGAAUGGCAAAUCUGAAGAAAGAAAUGAGGAAAAGAAGGAUCACGGUUCAGAAAAAGCACAGGACAUAGAAGAGGCUGAAUUAGUUGUUAACGAAGUGAAAAAUGAAAUUAAAAAUGAAGUUAAGAAUGAAAUUAAGAACGAGGGUAAAAAUGAGGGUCCGAUAGUUGAACAGCCUGUACCAGUAGCCGCUAUAAAACAAGCCAAGGACGAUAGUAAUUUCAUGCAGGAAACGUUAUCCUCUCAAGAAUCCUCCUUGAAAAAAAAUGAUAAUAAUAAAGUGGAGAAAGUAGAAAAGAAAUUACCGAUUGAACAGGAAGCUGAAACCGAAACCGAUAACGAAGAACAAAUUGACAUGUCUGCUUCAAUGAUUGCAAAAAUUAGAAUCACUACGGAAGAGGAAGCUAAAGCUGCAUUGGCGGAACGCAGAAGAUUAGCUCGAGAACAAGCCGAAAGGGAAGCUGAACUCGAACGUUUACGAUUGGAAGAGGAAGCCCGUUUGGAAGCUGAAAAAUUACGUGCCGAGGAGGAAGAGCAACGACGUUUAGAGGAGGAAACUUUGCGUUUGGCGAAUGAAGCACGACAGGCCGAAGAACAGAGAUUAAAAUUAGCAAUCGAGGAAGCGAAACGUCGAGAGGAGGAAGAUCGAAGAAGACGAGAAGAAGAAGCUCGUCAAAAACAAGAGAAGGAAGAAGCUGAAAAGAAAGCGAGAGAGGAAGUUGAAAGACAACGAAUCGAAAUGGCCGAACGUUUAAAGAAGGAAGAAGAAGAAAGACUUGCUCGGCGUAAACGCGUUGAAGCGAUUAUGCUUCGAACACGUGGAAAGAAUCAAUCAAAUACACCGACAAAGGGCGAGGGAGGAGACGGUGAUAAAUUAAAAGAAGACAGUCCUAGCGAUGAAAAUAAAUCAGUUCCGGGUAGCAAAAACGAAGACGUUAUGACAGCGAGUUUAAUAUCCGAAGCUACUCAGCAAUUUUUAAGUGGAGAGCAGCGAGCUCAUCACGUAGAAAACGUUACCGCGCCAGCUAUCGUGCAUAAUGGCACGCACAGUAACGGCAUUAAUGAAAAUAAAAUAGUAUUGGAUAAUAAUCAGGGUAACGUCGAGGGAGGACUUAAUGGUCACCAUACGAAUAAUCACGGGAACGAGAUCAACAGUCAAACUAUCGCACUGGAUAAUGCCACCGUCAAACAAAACAACGUGACCAACAACCUGUUAGACCUGUCAGAAUUCGAUACUCUGAGUAAUAACAGUAGUGGUCCAACGCUUGAAUUGACGCUCAACAUGGCCACGGAAGAUACCCUCAACUCGAAUUUGAAUCCGGCCGCAACACCAUUCACACCCUUGGCAAAUACCUUUACAUCUGCUGGUGCUAACGCCAAUAUCAAUCCUUUCCAAGAUGCUUACGUGAAUAACAAACAGCAAGACAGCAAUCAAAUGUCAGAUCUUUUGUCCUAAGAUUUCUCUAAAAUCUUCUGGUGAGCAAUGGAGAGAAAGAGAGAGAGAGGGAGAGAGAAAGAGAGAGAGAA